CCAGGGGAUCAGAGAGGGGCUUCAACCACAGAUUCAAUAAUAGAAAUUUCUCAUAUUGUUGAUCCAUUUGCCAGGUGGGAUGAACCACCCUUUCAUAAAAUGAACCGACGCCCGAGGCCGCCGAUCAUGUGAGGGUCGAAUGUUCGUGCAGUAUUACAGUACACCAUCCAAUUCAACUCUCUCUUUAAGAGGAUCUGACCACUGCCGCUUGCGCUGUACGCUCCCUCCAGCCUUAUAUCUUUCUCGGCUCUCUUUUUUCUGGAUUGCGCCCACGCAACUGGCUUUGCGCCACGCAUCCCUAUUGCUUUCCUUAAUUACUCCCUUAAAAUGGCCCCAUUCCGUAACUUCCUGUCUCGAAAGUCCGCCGCACCAUCCAAUGGCGGGGAGAUCACCACACUAGACAAUACCAGCACUACCAGCCGGUUAUCAAUUGACGGCCAGCGCUCAACACCUCUGAGUUUCAGGAAGAGCUUCGAGAAAGAGCCACCGGAAUACAAACUGAGUGUCGUCGAUGCCAAUGGCGCUUAUCUUCCGCCAUCACCGCCCGAGAAACAGAGCUUCUGGCCCAAAUAUCCCGGUUCACCCAAAUCCUCACAUCAUCGCGACCUUGUCGAUGAAAACGAACCAUUCUCGAUAUCGCGGGAGUCGUUCGACUCCUACCGUCGUUCCUUCGACAUCUCCGCCCGCUCCCCUGUGUGCUACACCGACGCACUACCCUCGCGGACAUCGCUCGACUCGCGCGUCUCUCGAAUGACAUCACCGCCAUCCACACUACACACAGGCCUCUGCAGACAGCCCGAAUCGAUGGAAGAGGAGCAAUUCGAGGACGUGGGCCUUGACGACGAAACCGAGGUCAAGCCCAAGAGGAAGAGCAUCUUCUCUCGGUUCGGCGAUCUGACAAGCGAUUCGCACUCAUCCAGCACCACCAAAUCCUCGUCUCUGGGGUUUCACAUCCCUGGCCGCAAACGAGGACAGAGCAACGUGGGCUCUGAAUUAGGCCCUUUUAAGUCCCCACCGGCGAGUGCCGGAUCCGAAACCAAUGAUGCAUGAUACAAACCGCAGAAUUUCAGUAACCAAUAUACCAUGACUCGGGGCCACUGGAAAGAUUGACUUGCCAGUGACCGAGGUUUGCUUCCUUUACCGCUCCAUUCGUGGGACUCGCGUUGAGUUUUGCUGUCUGUCAGCCCCGCUUGCUUGCGGAGUCGACGAACGAACGGAGCGCAUUGCGUGUUUCUCAUGCUGCUAAACUUCACUAUUCUGGCAUUUUACUGCUACUUCAAUAGAUAAUCAUCCAUGUACAUAGUUUCAAUAUUUCUACUAAAUGACUAUUUCCGUCAAUGCUACGAAUUUCUUCAGACCUCCGUAUCGAACAAAACCAUGUGGACAGACGGG